AGUGAUCUCCCGCAAUUUCCCAUCAUUCUACACUCCUUUCCCACUUCCUUUUCCUGUAAACCAUCAUGGGUAUCGAUAUCACCCACAAGUAUGACCGAAAGGUCCGUCGGACGGAACCGAAGUCGCAGGAUAUCUACUUGCGUCUGCUGGUUAAGCUGUACAGAUUCCUGGCACGCCGUACAAAUGCCAAAUUCAAUAAAAUAAUACUGAAGAGACUCUUCAUGAGCAAAACUAAUCGGCCACCAUUAUCUUUGUCUAAAGUGAUUCGCUUAAUGAAGAAACCUGGGCGUGAGGGCAAGACUGUGGUGGUUGUAGGUACUGUUACAGAUGAUGUUCGCAUUCACAAGAUCCCAAACUGAAGGUAUGUGUGUGCACUUCGUGUGACUGAAGGUGCCAGAGCCCGUAUUCUGAAGGCUGGAGAACUCUUAACCUUUGAUCAACUGGCUCUGCGUGCUCCAAGGGAAAACACCGUUCUUGUGCAAGGACCACGCAAAGCUCGUGAGGCAUACAGGCACUUUGGACCUCCUCCUGGUGUACCUGGCAGCAAAGCAGCCCCACAUGUACGGUCCAAGGGCAGAAAGUUCGAACGGGCACGUGGUCGCAGAAAGAGCCGUGGGUACAAGAAUUAAGGCAGUGUCUUCACAGCCAUUUGCUUGGACUUUGUGGGUGUACAGUGUCUUGUUGCAAUAAACAACCUGUACAGUCA